UGGCCCAGUUCAGGGUCAUCGCUGAUCAGCUUUGCAAAACGUGCGGAUGGUGAUGUUGUGGGGACCUCUGCUGAUGAAUUUACGAUUCAGUACCCGUCCAACAGUCACGAGUCAGGACUGCACUUCUGGAGAGAUCCAGAUGAUGACGCCCACAAGUUCCUUUCCCAGAGCAUCAAGCUCAUCGUCGCUACUGAACAGAGAAGUUGGCUCGAAAAAUUUAAUGUUGUGGUUAACAGAAAUGUGAGAGAGAAUAGAUUUCCUGAGAGUUCAAAGGGGAGGAAGAAUCACGUGCGCGAAGACUCGGACAGGUACUCUAAAAGAGAAAGGAUCAACAAACAAGUCGGAGUUUCCAAUGGGGAGACCGAUCUUUCAGAGGCAUUGGACAGGCUGUUACACUAUGCUAUGAAGAUGGGAACAUGCUUCCUCAUCUUCCUGGAGAUGACAGAGGCUUGGAACCAGUGGGACAGUUCCGUGGCAGCAGAGUCUGUGCUAAGAAACAGGACAAGAAGAAGGAGCACGCAGUCGAUCUGAGGAACCUCCUCAUUCUCUGCGCUGAAGCUGUCUCAGGAAAUGAAUACCGGACAGCCAACCAGCUACUGGCUCAGAUCAGGCAGUACUCUUCUCCUAUGGGGGAUGGGGUCCAGAGGCUGGCUCACUACUUUGCAAAGGGCCUUGAGGCACGGUUCUCGGCCCGUGUGGUCCAACAACCCGACCCUUAUAUUAAGUCUAUGAAGGUACCUAUUAAUGAUCUGCUGAGAUUCUACCAGACAAUUUUUCUUGCACACCCGUUCUGCAAGAUCGCGAUAUCCUUCGUGAACAAUUUAAUCGCCAAAGUGGCUGAGAAGGCGAAGACCCUCCGUGUGGUGGACUUUGGGAUUAUGUAUGGGUUCCAGUGGCCACAGCUCAUUCAGCUCCUAUCAAGGAGGCCCGGUGGCCGCCCAAAGCUUCGGAUCACGGGGAUAGAGAAACCCCAGCUCGGGUUCAGGCCCUUGGAGAGGAUCGAGGAGACUGGGACCCAUUUGGUGAAGUACUGUAAAAGGCUAGGCGUCCCGUUCGAGUAUCAAGGGAUUGUGUCCCAUAACUGGGAGACCAUCAAGAUCAAUGAGCUCAAACUCAACCGGAACGAAGUUCUUGCAGUGAACUGCCUCUUCCGGUUUAAGAACCUGCUUGACGGGACCAUUGCUGAGAACAAUCCCAGGGAUGCGGUUUUACAGCUUAUCCAGGAAAUGAAACCCGAUGUGUUUGUUCAGUCUAUCGUGAAUGGCUCCUACAAUUCGCCCUUCUUCAUGACCCGAUUCAAGGAAACACUGUAUCACUUGUCAGCGCUGUUUGAUAUGAUGGAUGUAAACGUGCCGCGGGACAGCCCAGAAAGGAUGUUCAUCGAAGAGGGAUACUACAUACGGAGGGCCAUAAAUGUGAUAUCAUGUGAAGGCACAGAGAGGUUUGAGAGGCCAGAGACCUACAAGCAGUGGCAGAAUCGAGUUGCCAAGGCUGGGUUCAGGCAGGUUCCUUUGGGUUCAAGCUAAGUUGAAGGAACACUGCAGCGGGGAUUUUAUGGUCUACGAGGAUAAUAAGUGGCUGCUGCAGGGGUACCAGGGUCGGAUCAUCUACGCUUCUUCAGGAUGGAAACCCGUGUAAGAUGCCUUCGUUUCGGAUUGAAAGGCCGCAGGCACUAAUGGGAUAAUAAUUCCUGUAGACGAUUACUGAAAUGCUAUUUGUAGUGGUUAUUAUAGUCAUUAG